CAUGCAUUACAUAAGCCGGGAAGCGAUUUUUUGGAUUAUUAACAAACUUGUUGGCAUUGCAAACUUGAGGAGGAAUCGAGCAAAUACUUUGAAAAACGAAUGGCUAUUAAAGUGGUGAAUGUUCCAACUUAAUUGAGAUAUUCGAGAAAGAAAUGUGUGAUGGAUAUCGACCUGACUUGGGGCACGAUUAAAUAAAUAUUGUUGAAGAGCUUUUCGUUUGUUCUACAUUUGUAAAAAUGACGUUUCAUUUUUAUCGUAUUCGGAAGUUAUUUUUUGAUUGCAGUUUCAUCUACCCGUUCCUUGAGCAAGUAAGCUCGAAUAUCGGUGCUUUGCUUUGAUGUCUUUGAGCUGUUUGGAAAAUAGAGUACAUAAAAGAAGGAAGAUAAAAGCAAAGCGUUGAACUUGGUGAUAUCUGCAAAAGAGAUAACGAUCUUUUUCAUCUUCAGCGAUUGUUAAAUUAUCAAAACAAGAAAGCUUUUCUUACAUUGUUAUCCGGUGCGGAAAAUAUUUGCGAAAAUUUCCAAUCAACAUUUGCAUUUUCAAGAAGUCUAACGAAGUUUCCUUACCUGAUCCGUACGAUUUUGUUUUAUUUAUUUCGCAAUGUGGAUUUCUUUUGCUUGAGCGGAAAAAAACAAUCACUCUUCAAAUGAAUAGCUCUCCCAUUACAGCUAUGAUGAUGAUUGCUAAUCAUGUGAAUGGAUCGAGCCCCUUUCCAAAAUCAAACUCAUCAGAGGAUGAAGAUCAGCUGAAUAAUUCUCAACUGAAUACGUCAAGUGUGUUAAGCAGGACUUACUCGGAGUUGGAGAACUCUGGAGUUUUCAUCGCAGGAUACACAGGUCCUAUUCACAGAUGGGAGCAUCCAGGAUAUCAAUUCCUAACAGAAUCUGCUCAAGUAACGGUAUCAACUAUAGAAAGAUCAUUCAAAGUCAUCAUAGUUGGCGAUGCAACAGUUGGUAAGACAUCAUUUGUACAGCGAUACGUGAACGAUGUGUUUCGGGAAGACUACAAAGGAACUGUAGGAGUCGAUUUUGCAAUGAAAGUAUUAUGGAAAUCAGAAAAAGAGGUUAUCAAAGUCCAGUUAUGGGACAUAGCAGGUCAAGAGAGGUUUACAUGGAUGACUCGAGUCUAUUACCGAGAUGCCCAAGCCUGUAUCGUCAUGUUUGAUUUAAGUAAAAGAAGUACAUUUCUGAGUGCAAUGAAGUGGAAAAAGGACGUAGACAACAAGUGCCAAUUACCGGAUGGAACACUUCUACCAGCCAUCUUAUUAGGAAACAAAUGUGAUCUAGCCAACAGAGACGUUAACCAGGAAGAAAUCGAGUAUGUGUACAAGAAAAACAACUUUAUUGGAUGGACUGAAGUUUCCGCCAAAGAAGGACUCAUGGUUGAUGACUGCAUGAGAUUCCUUGUGGACGCCAUGUUGAACAAAGAUGGAAUUGGGAAAAUCUCUGUUAUCGACGGAGUCGCACAAGAGCAAGAAACGGAGCUUGUUAAUCUAGCCCCCCAAAAGCCGAAGAAACGAGGUUGCUGCAAAUGAGAAUUACUUUUCCGAGAUAACAAAAUUGAUCGGUCAGAAGCCAGUGGUUUUUCACAAUGCUUUCGUUCAAAGCACAUCUCUAGAGCUUAUAAUUUGUUAACAUUCGUCUGGAAUUCUUAUCGCAUUGUCUCCCAGUUAUCGGACAGAACUGUUUCAUCUGAAGGGAGAUUGGAGUCGGUGAAAUAAACGUACUAAUCAAUAUUUUUGAAUAGAAAGCAGAUUGGAGUGAGAGGGAGGAAUUGUCUCAUGUAUAAGACAUUUUACCUCGUUGUUAUUCGGGAGAACAUUAGCAAAGUCCGCGUUGAUGACUUGAGUCUGAGAAUGUGAAAGGAUAAAAAAGAAAAGCAGAUAUAUAAAUUAUCUAUACGCACUAUUAUUGUUUCACUCCGUGUGUUGUUCCACUUCAACCAUUGUGCAUUUAAAAUAAAUUAAUUUUCUGUGUGAU